AAGUUUCACAAUUCGUUGCCGUUUUCGAGUUGCACAGCGGCGAAGAGAGAAGGGGAGUGAGACAAUGAAGUACAAUCCGAGGGUUUCGAGUUCCCGCCGGAAGAGCAGGAAGGCGCACUUCACGGCGCCGUCGAGCGUUCGGCGAGUGCUGAUGAGCGCCCCUCUGUCGACGGACCUCCGAUCGAAGUACAACGUUCGGUCGAUGCCAGUGAGGAAGGACGACGAGGUCCAGGUCGUGCGCGGCACCUACAAGGGCCGCGAGGGCAAGGUCGUGCAGGUCUACCGAAAAAAAUGGGUGAUCCACGUCGAGCGCAUCACCAGGGAGAAGGUUAACGGCUCCACUGUCAACGUCGGCAUCAACCCCUCCAAGGUUGUCAUCACCAAGCUCCGCCUCGACAAGGACCGCAAGUCGCUCCUGGAUCGCAAGGCCAAGGGCCGCGCCGCCGCCGAUAAGGACAAAGGCACCAAGUUCACCGCGGAGGAUAUCAUGCAGAGCGUGGACUGAGGCUGUCGCCUUCUGGUACUUGAGUUUAUUUGUUCGCUAUAGAUGAUUUUACUGGUGCUUUGUUAUGUUUUUUUGAGAACUUCGAUUUGGUAAUCAGGUGUUUGUCAGAAGUAUUCUCCCUUUAGUGAUUUUGAUAUAACUGCUGAUAGCUAUGAAUUGCUCCCUUUUUCCUUCA